AUGACAGUAUCGCAAGCACAAAAUCGUGCGUUAUGGAUGGAAGAAUUUGUUGAGGAAAAUACUUAUCAACAGGAUUACCAACGAAUCGUUAUGAAUCCAAAUACGCUAAGAGUAAGCUGCUUAAAUUGUAACUCAGAAAGUCACAAAACCACGGAUUGCAUUUUGCCACGUGGAUGUGUCUCAUGUUUUGAGAAUGGUGAAAAACUGCGCAAGAUGGUUUCCUUAAGACUAUACUGUAAUACGAACUGUAAUACGCGCUAUAUGAUAUCUUACGAUUAUCCAUUGAAAGGUACUGUACUUCACAUAAAUCGUAAGAAUAACUGUUUAUACGUGAGACCACAAAAUCUAGACGAUGAAUGUGCCUUACUUGAAGCCUAUUUGUUUGACAUGAAGAAAACGGUACUAUCUCCUACACCACCCACCAAAAUCAACAUUGCAGCGCUUUCAGGUGGGGUCUACUUGAUUCGACGUCAGGGCAGCAACGUGUUAGCGCGCGCUGUGUGCGCGCAUAUGUUUUUUAAUUGGCGAAUGUCUACUCACUGGCAGGUUAGAUAUUUUUUUAUGUAUCUAAUUGACAUUGGGCAGACGGAAUUUGUUGAUGAGCGCUUUAUAUAUAUUCUUCCUGUGGAACUUCAGCUUGUGCCACCUUUGGCAAUGCCAUUACUCCUAACAAACUGUAGAGUUGGGUAUGAAAGCACAAAUAAGUGUGCUUUGGAUCAUUUUUCGCCCCUGUACAUUGGAUCUACUUGUAUUUUUGCCCUCUCAUCUUCUUAUAAAGGUCAAGUUCUAUCGUUAUCAAAAGAUGGUUAUUAUCCGAACUUCGCGAAUAGUAUGUAUCCGCCAGCUUUAUUGGCACGUGUUUUUAGUGGAGCAUCAAUAAAUGAAGAAAUAUUUUGUAAAUGGGGAUUACCGGAUCUUAAUUUACUCAGUCAUGCACUGCAUGCACCGUAUUAUCCAUCAACUUUUGCAUACAAAAAAUUCUCGCUUGACCCUCAACUGCCAGUUACUUUAGCUGUUCGAGUAACAGAGAAGAUUAGUCCAAAUCAGUACUGGCUGCACGAUGCUUCACUUUGUUCUUUCAUUAACAAACAAAUGGUAUUACCAUCUAAUGGCCUGUGGCCAUAUGUUGAAGUUGAUCGGUCAUUAGCUUGUAUUGCGUAUAUUCAACGUCCAGUACGUAAACGGUUACAUUAUUACAGAGCGGUGGCAAGUAAUUUUGAUGAUCAGAAAAGUCGUUGUUCAGUUUUUUUGAUUGAUUAUGGGCAAACGUUGAAUUGUGAUGUUCAUAAUCUUUUCGAUCUUUCCGAUCAACCAGCUGUAGUUCUACAUACUUUUGCUGCAGCAUUUCAAUGCAUUGUAAAUCAAGCACACACGCUAGAAACUGGCAUCCAUAUUGCUAAGCUGGCAGUGGAUGAAAAAUACAUUAUUCAACUAAUCGGUAAAGAAGAUGAAAAUACUUAUACUGCAAUAAUUGACAUGUACAUUCAACCUCAUUUUCAAUGUGCAAACAGAUUUUCUGACUUGGACUCAAACAGCAGUCUCAUCAGAAGCAUUGAUAAUGGACAGCUCACUGAACUUCCUACCUGUUGUGAUGAAAAGAGCUCGUUCAAUUAUCAUUUGGAAGAAAUAAGUACUGCAGUCGAACUCAGUGAUGGUUGCGCUGAAAGUACUGAUGUUAGCAACGAUAACGCUGAUAACUACAAUAAUGAUAACAGUGAUAACAACAAUACUACUACUAUUACUACUACUACUACUACUGCUACUACUACUGCUAUUACUAUUACUACUACUAAUAAUAAUAAUAAUAAUAAUGAUAAUAAUCAUGAUAGUGAUAAUAAUAGUACCGAUAAUAAUAGUAAUGAUAAUAAUAAUAAUGACAAUAAUAAGACAUUCGAAAGAAAAAUAAUAUCAUCUCUUGUAUUUAACAGGGAAAUUGGAAAUGGUUUAAAAUCAUUAGACGUAAAAGUCAACGUAAAGCUAGCUCAGGUAUCAAACCGUUUGGAUGAUCUGUUUAAUGCUUUUCAUCGUUUACAGGUAACUGAAAUGAUGAAUAAAAACAAAAAUAUGAAUUUAACUUUGUCUUUUUUUGCCUUUAUUUUACUUAAAUGUAAAUGUGUGCUAGUUUUAAUGCUUGGAGGAGCUGGUGUUGAGAGCAAAUUUGAACAGAAGUAUUGCACGAAUGAGGUCACGCAAGUAACAGCUAAACAGGAAUCACGAAAUCAAAACCAAGCCUCGCCACCACCUGCUUAUGAUGGAAAAGAUAUUAUUUUCUAUAAUACGCAGUAUCAACCGUCUCUAAUUAGGCAGAAUCCAUGGUGCAGGUACCAACCAGUUAUGUACCCUCAACACUACCAACGUCAUCAUCAAUACCGAUAUCAACAUCAGUAUCAACACCAACAUUAUCAUCAGCAUCAGCAACCACAUGUUAUAUUAUCAAAUGGACGUUGUUAUAUUCACGGCUAUGAAAAUCAGAACUGCGAAUAUGCAAAUAUGCAAUGGCAAUCAAAUCAUAUUUAUUCAAAUCAAAUAAAUCAGCAAGGUAUAUUGCGUAAGACUAAUUUAUCCAAGCAGCGGCAUGCUGUAGACAGCAACAUGCAGCGUAAUCAAUCACAACAAACGCGUACGUUUGUCCCAGGUUGUGUGAUCUGUUCUCAGCAACAAUUAAUUGAAAGUCAAACUUCGAAACUGUGCUGCUUCUGUGGUGCUUAUAUGGAAAAAAGAAUACAGCAUCAUGCAACAAAUUCAUCAUAUUUUCCAUCCAUCGCUCGACGUGUAUGCAUGCCACAUCCUACACAAUUGCAUUCUGUAGAAAAUCACCUCCCUGAAUCCUCCAACUCCAUCUAUUCCUCAUCUUUCGCACAUUCGAAUUUCAACACACAUUCAAAUGUGGAUGGUCAAAUCCUAUCACGUUGUUCAUCUCCUACGCGGCUAGAUAUCUGUGGAACAGCAAUAUUAGAAUCUAUGAACACAGUUGGAAACAAGAAAAAACCUUUCAUUUCCAAGGAACCUAGAACAUGCAAUAACAGUAAUAACACUUACGUAAAGCAAACAGAGGGACUCGAGAAGCCAGAAAAGAAGUCUGAGACAUUCUGCAAAAGCACUUCAUCGUUUAAGCAACAAACAAUUUUGUCAAUUUUUUUAAAUAUUUUGCAAAGUUUUUUAAUUUCUAAGAAUAAGUCGGAAUCGUGUUGGAUCUGUGGAAAAAGUGGCCAUCUAACAAGAUACUGCCAAUCCACGCCGCCUGAUUUGUGGCAGUUACCUCAAGAUACACAGAAAGCAACGAUUAAUAAGCCCCGAGAUGAAAAAGGUCGAGUACUGUAUACUAGUGAUGAAUCGUCUGAUGAUGAAUUAAUAUAUGAAAGUGAAUCUGAAGAAACUAUGACACAGGUUUUUAAGCAUUUAAAAGUUUUAGCUUUUCCAGGCGAUCAGAAACAAAGCAGUAUUUUGAGGAAAAUGCUUUUAGUAGCUCAUUUCAAUCCUAUAGCAAUAGAAUUCGGACAUAAGUAUGCUGUGACACGAUCAGAUGAUGAUACAGACUUUUUACUCUGGCCAUUAUUUUUCGUUCAGAUUCAUUCCAAAGAAUGUCAUAAAAUUUUGGAUACAUAUUUGGAUUCAUUAGUUGUUAAAACACCUUUAACUCUCCAAGAAAUGGCAAUUGGAAAAUUAUGUGUGGCAUAUUGUGAACGUUUUGAUGCAAAGUUUCGAGCAGUAAUCACUGCUAUCCGCGCAAAUCUUGUAGAAGUAUUUUACGUUGAUUAUGGAAAUUAUGAAUGGGUCUUAUAUACUUCCUUGUGGUCAAUUUCAGAUCAAGAUCAAACAAUCAUGAAACAACCAGGAAUGGCUAUUCCAUGUAUUUUGCAAGCUUAUGAUGAGGUGGCAGAACAAAAACAAGAAGAGGUCAGCAAAAUGAAAGAAGCGGUCAGUUGCCGUCAGUGUGGCUUUUGGCUUCAAUUCUACAAGCAACGUGUAGAUGGCGUAUACGUAGUAAAUGUCGUGGACGAGGAAGACAGUAAAAAUUUGCAGCAGUGA